UACAUUACACUCUGUGAGACUAAGAUAUUUCUCGCGAACGUGUUACAAUAAUAUACAGCCAGUGCGAAACUACCUUUACACUAUAGAAAAUAUAUAAUACGUGUUCUGCUACUGAUCGUUUUAUUCGUAAAUAAAAGUGAGUGGGCAUGAAAAAUGUUCGGACGAACACAGUUCUCGUUCUAAUUUCUGAUCAAGGAUAUUUCUAUAUGAAGGAUUGAUGUGUUUAAGGUUUAAAGCAUGGCAUAUAACAGAUCCCGUUAUAUGCUAAUCUUAACCAUUAUUAUUUAUAUGUCGGCGUCAUGCAUGUGUCGCAGGCGCCGUUUUAAGCGUGGCGAAGAAUGUAACGAGGAUAUAAUAUCUAUGUAUGAAGUGUCAUUUUUUGGAGACUGGUCGAAGAAAUCUUACCCUAAAAUGUACCCAAGAUACAGACCGCAUGCCCAAUGGUCGAAACUUGUAGGAAGAACACACGAUUCCACAUACAUUUUGUGGCGAGAGGGGAAACUUGCUUCGCCGACGUUGCAAAAGUUUGUUGAAGAAGGAAGUUCUAAAUUACUAGACAAAGAUGCCCAAGGUUUUAAUGGAACUUAUGAUUCGUUCUCAGCUGAAGCUAUAAGAAAUGGCGUCGGAAGAAGUACAGUGCGUGUCGUUGCAAACGGCAAAUAUGCAAAGCUAUCCUUCAUAGUUAAAAUGGUUCCAAGUCCCGAUUGGUUUGCUGGAGUUGACAGUGUGGACCUUUGUCGAGCAGGACGAUGGCGUCGUAGAAUACACAUGACGAUGAGGCCGAUGGAUGGCGGUACAGAUCAGGGCUUAACGUAUACCUCUCCGAACUGGCCCUCCCACCCACAGGAACCCGUUCAUCAGAUACUUACAACCAAGCCACGUCAUCCAGCCAGUCCAUUUUACAAUCCCGAUCAAGAUAAAUUACCAAGAAUAGCUCAUGUUCUGAUCGAACGAAUCGGUGAGUUUGUGCGACGUGGUAAGCGAAAAUCCUCAAAAUUCCAGGAUUCUAUAAACAUUUUUGUUGCCAGUGAAAAUCCUAAAGAUCCAACAACAACAUUAGAAACAGCAAAGGUUAUAACCACGGGGCUUCCGCUUAAAACUAAAAAUUAUAGAGAAGAGACAGAACAAUCAAAUAACAAAAACGAUCACUCAAACAUUUUAUAUCAGAACAAGAGUUUGUCUUCUUCACAAUCUGUAAAUAAUGAUAAGAGCGUGGGACAAGUAAGCGAGACACACACCCCACCAUUGCUAACCCAAAGUGAUGACAGUUCAGCAAUCCAAGAUAGUUCCUUAGGCUACCUAAGAUCCAAAAGGCUAGAACACGGCAAUAUUUUUAGAAGUAAUAUAUUGAUGAAAACGACACAGGAGCUGCAACCGUCUACGGACAGAACUACAUCAUUGGUUAAAAGCAGAAAAGACCAAAUACCCGUAAUGUCAUCCUCAUCUUCACAUAUUGCCAAUUCCCCAAAGUGGAGAUCAGCAACACAAAACUUUGUGGAACCCACAGAGCCCACGGUACCUGCAAUAUCCGUAUUCCGUAACAAUGAAGGGAUUCGGUAUGGUGAAGACACGACAAAGUACCAUGGGCCAGAAUCCUUAGAUUGUUUGGUAACAGAAUGGGGUGCAUGGGGGCCGUGUAGUAUGACAUGCGGGUUUGGAAGGAGAAUGCGUAAGAGGCAGAUUUUACAACAGCCUGAGAAGGGGGGUAGUGCUUGUCCACGUGUAUCGAUAGAAUCCUUAUGUGGAAGCAUGCGUACUUGUGGAUGGAAACAUUUUAGCAUGUUUGCACAGCAAUCACGGAGAAGAAGAGAUCAUCGAAUGAAUAGUUUACCGUAAUAACGAGUAAAUGCCAAUGUGUAGACCAAAUAUAGUGAAUGAGCAAAAUAAAUAUUUCAUAUUUUU